AUGCAAGUCAAGGGGACUCGGAUUCUCUACUCAACCAUGUCCCAACCUCAGGUCUCUGCUCUCAUCACUUACGCUCUAGGUGGUUGGGACCUGUCUGUCGCUGGGGACCUGUUGCUUCAAGGUGUCAUCUUCGCCCAAACAGCGCACUACUUCACGCUCUAUCACUCUGAUUUGCUUGCGCUUCGGCUCUUCGUCGCAGGCCUAUUGUUGUUUACCACGCUCAAGUCAAUGCAAAUGAUCGCGAUUUUGUGGACUCAGAAUGUCACCCACUUCACCGACGUCCGUGGAGCGACUAUGUUGUUCGCGACCAACUGGCUCGGGCAGAUCAACUUAGGAUUCGGUGCCUCCAUAUCAUUCUACAUCCAGAUCUUCAUGUGCCAACGGCUUUGGUCCCUCUCCAAAAACAUUUACGUCGUCAUUGUCCUGGUGACCAUGUUUACCUUCUCGCUAGCCGCAGCUUGGGCGGUGGUCAUUCUUACGUUUAAUAACCGGCUUUCGUCAGCUACAUGGAUCUCGGUCCACUUUGGGGUCGUUUUAGGCGGGGACCUGUUGCUUUGCGGCUCAAUGGCCUUCUUCCUCCUGAAACAUUCAAAACACGUGCUGCCGCAAACGGCAGGAAUGCUGAAUGCGAUUCUCAAGCUGACGAUCCAGAGCGCAAUGCCUGGCGCUAUAUGUGCCAUGAUCACCGUCAUCGCCUCGCAGACCGGCGACCGGUCCGUGCUUGCCAAGCCGUCGACGACGAUCUCGAUCAUUGCCUCCAAUGUGUUGCCAAAGUUGUAUGCGCUCAGCGCGAUGUGGACGCUGAACUCGCGGCGCACUAUCCUGCUCUCGCGGUCGACGGGCCAGAACACGAGCAGCGAGGGACCAAGCGGGGGGCGGAGGACAGGCGCCAGCGGGGCACGUGCCCUCGAGCUCGGGGACUUGGGGAAGGGACAGCAUAUCCAAGUUCGCACGCAUGUGCAAACUACGCAUCAUACGGACGAUGAGGCCAAUCGUACCCAUGCUGAGCGGAAGGCUCAGGAGAUGGACGACAUAGAGGCAAGCUCAACAGAGAAUAGUUUACGUCAAUUCCGAUAG